UUCACUUUUGGAGAGAAAUCUAUGAAUUGUAACAGAAACAUCAUGGUUCUUGGAGCUGCAGGUGCUGGAAAGUCCACUGCCAUCAAUGCGAUGAUAAACUACAUUCUAGGCGUUAGAUGGGAAGACUCGUUUCGGUUUAAGUUAGUGGAUGAAGGUCAGUCAGACUCACAGGUUCACAGUCAGACAUCAGAAAUCACAGUGUACAAACUCUACCACCAGGAGGGAUUCAGGGUGAACUACUCCCUCACCAUCAUAGACACUCCAGGCUUUGGGGGAAUCGGCGGCGUAGACAGAGACAAGGAGAUCACAGAGCAGCUGCGAAACCUCUUUGCUAACCAGGAAGGUGUUGGUGAAGUUGAUGCUGUGUGUUUUGUAGUUCAGGCAGGUCUAACUGAACUGACAUCAACACAAAGAUAUGUGUUUGAUUCAGCGCUGUCAAUCUUUGGCAAAGAUGUGGCAGAAAACAUCAGGAUCCUGGUGACGUUUGCAGACGAGCAGCAGCAACCAGUUGUAGAGGCCAUCAAAGUGUCCGGUGUCCCAUGUCCUAAAGGUGCAGACGGGCUGCCAGUUCACUUCAAAUUCAAUAACUCAGUUCUGUUUGCUAACAACAAAUCCUUAGCGGCAAGGAUUUGGUCCAAUGAAGAGAAAACCUUUGAGUAUUGGAACAUGGGGACAAAGAACAUGGCCGGAUUUUUUGCUAGUCUAGCUAGCAUCAAAACCAUAAGAUUGACAAUGACCAAUGAGGUUCUGAAAGAAAGAAAGCACCUGGAAAGUACAGUGGAGGAGCUGCAGAAGCAGGUUAAACUUGGCUUAGCCAAGCUGGAGGAUAUCAGGGAGACAAACGACAAACUCAAAGAGCAUGAAGCAGAAAUCAGAAACAAUGAGAACUUUGUGUUUAAUGUUACUGUAAAAAAGAAUGAGCAAGUUGAUAUUUCUCACACUGGGAAGUUUAUCACCAACUGCAUGCAGUGUCAUGUUACCUGUCACUUCCCUUGUAACAUAGAAAAAGAUGCGGAUAAAAAAGGAUGUGAUGCAAUGGACAACGAUGGAUACUGUAAAAGGUGUCCAGGGAAAUGUUUCUGGAAUGUGCAUUUUAACCAGAGCUUCAGAUGGGAAUAUCAGGAUAUUUCUGAGAAGAGAACAGUGAAAGAGCUGAAAGAAAAAUACGAGAAAGCCUUUAGACAGAAGGUAACCUUAGAGGAGCUGAUGAAAAAUCUGAUGUCAGAGUAUCGAUCUAUGCAGGAUGAUGUGGUGAAACUGAUUGCAGAAGCUGCAAAGUGUCUGAACAGACUGAAAGAGAUAGUCCUGAACCCAAACCCCCUUACUACUCCAGAAUACAUCAACAUGCUUAUUAAAGGAGAGGAACAGGAGGCCAAGCCAGGCUGGGAGGAGAGAGUUCAGUCUCUGAUGAAACUGAAGGAAAAGGCAGAGAUCAUAGCUAAAGUAGAGAAGGGAGAGGAAAUCCUGGUGAAUCAGUAA